AUUCAUCGAAGAAGAGGAGGCGACCAUGUUGAUUUAAAGGAAGAAGAAACACAAUAGAGACGAAUUAUUUCAAGAUAUUUUCAGCUAAUUUAGAAGAAAAUUGUUAAUUCACCGCACUCAGAGCAUCGCUCGUACAGUAACGCAGCUUUUCAGGUGGGACGUUUGAGUCGUUGGUCUGGAUCUUUUGGAGGCGGGGAGUUUGCGGCGCUGCACGCUUCGGGCCGACCGGAUCAUCCCUGGUGUUGACGGAGAGGAGGAGGAAUAAACCCGGAGCACAACGGAAACGCACUGAGGACUCUACAAGGGCGGAAAGCUUCUCUGCUUUGGACUAAAUUCCUUGUUGGAACUUUAUUUUUUUUCCACACAUGAAGAAACAGAACCUCUCCCAGUGGAGAUAAAUGAAAUUCUGGCUUUCUGGAGACGACCGUGUACAAAGUUGGACUUCCUGUUCUCUGGAUCAGGGACAUGCAGCAGCUCUCUGGGACUGGCAGUAAAAAGCAGAGAUAUUAUUGACGAUAGAAACUCAUUUUGGUGCAGAUUGCCCUAGUUGUUCUGUUUCAGGACUGGAACCACUUCGAUGCUUGUUCACGUAUAAUUUUUCUAUAUCGUGGACGAGUCUAUUUCUGCACAUGGUUGCAGAUUUCUCUUCAUUUGGAAGAGUUUUUGUGUAAAAACUAGUUUUGUUUUUGUCGGCUCUGCAGCGGUCACUGUGAUGAGCUGCAGCUUCGUGUUUAUAUGUAAAUAUUACUGAGCCAUUUCUCUGCAAAGCGCUUUGGACACACAGAGAAUAUUGUUGAACGCUUUAUUAAACUUUAGGAUUUUUUACUGACGACAGAAUUUAAGAGACAAAAAUCUAAAAAAACAAACAGAAGUUCAGGAAAAAUGGCAACAGCCCGAACGGAAAACCUCGGUCCGGUCGUGAUGGGACUGAAUAAGCAGAACGGGCAGCUCAAAGGACAGACCAAACCUGCCGCAGGACCCCCAGCAUCAACUCAAGGAAAGAAUCCAGCCGGGAGCAACCAGGACGGCGGCGGAAUCAAGUUUGGAGACGACUGGAAGAAAUGCCUACAGCUCCCCCCGAAGGACAACAGGGUCAAAACCUCAGACGUCACGGCAACCAAGGGGAACGAGUUUGAAGAUUACUGCCUGAAAAGGGAACUCCUGAUGGGAAUCUUUGAGAUGGGCUGGGAGAAACCGUCGCCGAUCCAGGAGGAGAGCAUUCCCAUCGCGCUGUCCGGGCGCGACAUCCUGGCACGAGCGAAGAACGGCACGGGGAAAAGCGGCGCCUACCUGAUCCCGCUGCUGGAGCGGAUAGACCUGAAGAAGGACCACAUACAGGCCAUCGUCAUGGUGCCCACACGGGAGCUGGCGCUGCAGAUGAGCCAGAUCUGCAUCCAGCUCAGCAAACAUCUGGGCGGAGUCAAGGUGAUGGCGACGACCGGCGGAACCAACCUGAGGGACGACAUCAUGCGCCUGGACGAGACCGUGCAUGUCGUCAUCGCCACGCCCGGCCGCAUCCUGGACUUGAUAAAGAAAGGCGUGGCGAAGGUGGACCGGGUCCAGAUGAUGGUGAUGGACGAGGCGGACAAGCUGCUCUCUCAGGACUUCGUGGUUCUCAUCGAGGACAUCAUCAGCUUUCUGGCCAAGAACCGGCAGAUCCUGCUCUACUCCGCAACCUUCCCCAUCAGCGUCCAGAAGUUCAUGGUGAAGCACCUUCAGAAACCCUAUGAGAUCAACCUGAUGGAGGAGCUGACCCUGAAGGGCAUCACCCAGUUCUACGCCUACGUGACGGAGCGCCAGAAGGUCCACUGCCUCAACACGCUCUUCUCCAGGCUGCAGAUCAACCAGUCCAUCAUCUUCUGUAACUCCACCCAGCGGGUGGAGCUGCUGGCCAAGAAGAUCACGCAGCUGGGAUACUCCUGCUUCUACAUCCACGCCAAGAUGAUGCAGGAGUACAGGAACCGCGUGUUCCACGACUUCAGGAACGGGCUGUGCAGGAACCUGGUCUGCACCGAUCUCUUCACCAGAGGAAUCGACAUCCAGGCUGUGAACGUCGUCAUCAACUUUGAUUUCCCUAAAAAUGCAGAAACGUACCUCCAUCGCAUCGGGAGGUCAGGGCGGUUCGGCCACCUGGGUCUGGCCAUCAACCUGAUCACCUCGGAGGACCGCUUCAACCUGAAGGCCAUCGAGGAGCAGCUGGUGACCGACAUCAAGCCCAUCCCCAGCAGCAUCGACAAGAGCCUCUACGUGGCCGAGUACCACUCCGGGCCCGUUACCGACGGCGACGAGGACGAUGCGGAGGAGAAGCCGCCGCGCCAGCAGGACAGUACCUAAAGCAGAGCAUCGUGACACUCCGGGCUUCGCCAGACGUCUUUGCUCCACACUACUCUUCAUCAUCUUCCUCUUCAUCCCUCGCUUCCAGAACCUUCCGGCCGGUUCCUCACAGUUCUGCUUGUUGUUCUGCACCGGCUCCAACCUGGACUCCAAACCGAGUCGUGCAUGCCCGCCGCCCCCUCACCCGCCCCUGACGCCGCCGUUCUCACUUAAGUGCCUUACUUCCUCCCUGGCGCACGCUCCCCCCCCGUCCUGCUGCAGCAGCAGAGCACAAACAGCAAACCCGUCGCAGCGCCCGUUAUGCAACAAACCCACAACCCGCCACCUUGUCCUGCCCGGACGCCGCUCUCCGAGGCGUCGCAAUAAAAAAUGGCAGCUUUCUUUAAACGCAGCGCGACUUUUCCCCUCAUGAAUUAGAAGAACGAGCAAAAGCGCAGAAACUUCCUGCGUGGAUCUGAUGGCGUGCACGGGGAAAACGGGAGCAGCUCCUGUUUUUACUGUGAACCGCUGCAACAGAAACCUCCGAUCCGCUCUCAGUCGACCCGAACGGGUCUGGCGCCGGUGCAGAACAGCAGCUGAAACUUCCCUUUCCAUUUUAUUCCUUCUGGUUUUCAUUGAGGCGCGUCGGAAGCCCGGACUUGUCACGCGUAGUUGAAUGUAUUAGAUGCCAAUGUUUGUUCUGCAGCCCGGACCGGGCUCCUCCGGUCCGGUUCUGAGCCCAGGCCCGGAUAACGCCGCAGUUUGAUGCAGUGAAUCUGAUGAACGUUUGGUUCUGAUUGGAUGUCCGUGUAAAUUUGAAGCCAAACUUGUGAGCUUUUCCAGUUUUCCACCAGAACCAAACUGCGGCGUUAUCCGUGAACUGGACUCGGCUUUGAGCCCAGAAACUUCUGAACAUUUCUGUUGUUUUUUUUUGUUGUUUUUUUGCUGCUGAGUGAAACUGGUUCAGGUUUUCUUUUCCUGACGGACCAGGGAGCGAUGAAACCAGCUCCGGCUCUACCGGACCACGCUAGACGGGUUCCCCCCUCCUGCAGCA